CGCAUAGUAGCCCAGCUGAUUUCUGUCACUAGUGUCAAACCCCAAAAUGUGUUUUUAGAAAUGUGUUCAACCGGCGAUGUCUCGCGCGUUUGGCUUAUACGGGGCGUUCUGCGCCACCCACCCAUGGGAGGUAAUGGUGGCUGUGAUAACCCUCACGACUUGUCUCCUCACCGUGGAGCAAAAACACGUCGAGCCCCCGGAGCCCCAACCCUGUCCCGGCUGCUUCGAAGAACAGUUCAAAGCCGUGGACGUGAUCGUCAUGACGGUAAUCCGCUGCUUGGCCAUCCUCUACAGCUCCCACCAAUUCCGCAACUUGCAAAAACUCGGCUCGAAAUACAUUCUAGGCCUCGCGGGGCUCUUCAUCGUGUUCGCUAGUUUCGUCUUCACUUCAACCGUGUUGAAUUUCCUCCAGAUUGAUUUAGUCGACUUGAAAGACGCCUUGUUCUUCUUCCUGCUUUUGAUCGAUUUGUCCAAAGCGGCGACUUUGGCCCAAUUCGCCUUGACUGCCUCGAGUCAGGAGGAGAUUGGGGGUAAGAUUGCGAGGGGCAUGUCUGUGUUAGGCCCCACUAUUACUCUAGACACCGUUGUGGAGACUCUAGUCAUAGGAGUGGGGACGCUAUCGGGGGUGAAUCGCCUCGAGAUGCUCUCGUAUUUUGCAUGUCUUUCAGUCUUGGUCAAUUACGUUAUUUUUAUGACUUUCUACCCCGCGUGUUUGUCCCUCAUGUUGGAAUUGUCACGAGUCUCGAAUUUCUACGGUGAGAAGCAACCCCUUGUCUCGAAAAUGCUGUUAGAGGAGAACGAAAAGGCAAAUCCGGCGGUUCAAAGAGUGAAACUCAUCAUGUCAAUCGGUCUCACAGCUGUGCACAUCCACAGUCGAUGGUUUUUCAAAGACGAUGUCUCGAAAAACGAAACCAAUGUCACAAAAACCGAGCAAAAUUGUGCUGAUGACUCCUCAAUUUACGGUUAUUUAAUGAAACAAUUCGCUUUGAGUGCUGAUCACAUCGUAAUCCUCAUCCUUGUCAUCACUCUCAUCAUCAAAUUCGUGUUUUUCGAAAACGAAGAACACUUGAAACAAGUUAUGGACGACUCCACACACGUCCUUAAACGCCAAAAGUGUGUCAUUAAAACCGAUUCAAUAAACGAAGAAAAAGAAGUCCAAACCAAUGAUGAAGAAAUUGAAACUUUGGACGUGGGGCACACUCGAAGUCUUGAAGAGUGUCUCCAAAUCUACCGUUCAGAAGGGGCGUCCAAACUCACCGAUAAGGAAGUUAUCCUCCUUAUCGACACUAAACACCUCCCGGCUUAUAAUUUGGAAAAAGCUGUCAAGAAUCAAGAACGCGGGGUUAAAAUCCGACGCCAACUUAUCCAAGUUUUGGCUAAGUGUGAGUCAGCGUUCCUGAAUCUCCCCUACAAGCACUACGAUUAUAGCAAGGUCAUGGGGGCGUGUUGCGAGAAUGUGAUUGGGUACAUUCCGGUACCAUUGGGUGUGGCUGGGGCUUUGGUACUUGAUGGUAAAGAGUACUACAUCCCCAUGUCGACCACUGAGGGUUGUCUUGUCGCUAGUGUGAAUCGGGGCUGUCGCGCGGUGGAACACUGUGGGGUUAAAAGCCGAAUUGUGGCUGAUGGAAUGACAAGGGGGCCCGUCGUGCGUUUCAAUUCCAUUACGAAGGCGUCCGAAGUCGCCCUUUGGCUGGAAAAACAGGAGAAUUUUCUCCGAGUCAAGGAAAAUUUCGAUGCGACGAGUCGUUUUGCGCGAUUAUCGCGGAUUACAAGUCGUGUUGCUGGUAGAUAUCUGUUUUUGCGGUUUGUAGCCGAGACUGGGGAUGCAAUGGGCAUGAAUAUGUUGUCGAAAGGGACGGAAAAAGCGCUCUUUUUCGUACAAAGGUUCUUCCCCGAGAUGGAAAUUUUGAGUCUGAGUGGGAAUUACUGCGCGGAUAAGAAGCCAGCGGCUGUGAAUUGGAUCGAAGGACGGGGGAAGUCCGUAGUUUGUGAAGCAGUAGUUUCGGGUGAUGUCGUUUCGUCCGUAUUAAAGUCGUCGACGCAAGUUUUGGUCGAUUUGAACACUUCCAAGAAUAUGAUUGGCUCAGCCAUGGCCGGCAGUAUUGGGGGGUUCAAUGCGCACGCUGCCAACAUCGUGACUGCGAUUUUCAUCGCGACGGGCCAGGACCCGGCCCAGAACAUAGCUAGUAGUAACUGUAUUACCAUUAUGGAGCCAUGGGGGCCCAGUGGUCAGGAUUUGUACGUUUCUUGCACCAUGCCGUCGAUCGAGAUCGGUACCAUCGGCGGUGGUACCAUCCUCCCGGCCCAGUCUGCGUGUUUGGACAUGUUGGGGGUGCGCGGCCCCAACGAGGAGUCCCCCGGGGCGAAUUCCAAGCAGUUGGCGAGGAUUGUUUGUGCGACAGUCCUCGCAGGGGAGUUGUCGCUAAUGGCGGCUUUAGCGACAGGACAGUUGGUUAAAAGUCAUUUAAAGUACAAUCGUUCGUAUUCAGAGAAAGGCGAGUCUCAGGAUUGUUGUAAAACUUAGCUUUAAUAAAUAGUAGCGAAUA